AGAACGAACGAUUAUUAACACUGAACCGAGAAAUUACUAAAGGAUUAAUUCUGACAACUACGAAAGGAAAUAAAGUUAUAAGGAAUGUGAUAAAAUAUUGUCAACAAAAAAUUAUAGAAAAGGAAGAUUUAAUAAAUGGAUACAUUAGCACCGAAGAAGUCAUAUACAUAAUAACCUCAUUUAUUGUUCCACUGACCACAUUGAUGAAAGGAGCCAUGGAUUCUUUGGAUUUAUUACAUAACUUCCCAUGGGUAACAUGUUUGAAAAAUAUCUACAUGAUAAGUCCUUUGUUAGGAAGUAUAGAAAAUAUUCAUAACAUUUUGAACGAAAAACCUCUAUCACGUGAUGAUAUUUCUACAUACAUUUGGACAUUAAAUACUGUAGAUGAUUUUUUUCAAAACAUGAUAAAAUUUGUCAACUAUGAAACUCGAUGUUAUUGUGAAUUUGUACCGUAUGAUACGAAUUAUUUAUGGAAUGAGUGGAGUCAGGAACAUAAAGCUAUUAUGGACCAGGGCAUAACAUUAGUAUUUAUCACAGUCUUGAAGAAAAAAAUGAAAGAUUAUAUCAAAACAGUAAUUAUAGAAAAGUAUUUCCAACUGGGAUUUAAAUUUGAUCCAAUUACUGAAGAAACGUUUGUAGCUUCAUUAGAUGACCCAAUUGAGCUAGAAUUGGAAUUGGCAAUAGAUGAAGAACUUCCAACAGUACUAAAAAUAGAAAAUAAUUAAAAGUUGUAACCGCAUCCUUAAUACCAGGCAUUCCUUGCAUCACCUCAUCAAUCUCUUUCCAAAACUCAUUCAUAUUUUUCAUCACACUCUAGUUGUGGUGCAUAAGUACUUACUACAUUCAACUCUUUUCCCUUGAAAAUUAAUUUUUCGACUAUGUUUCCUACACACAACAAAUAUUAACUUUUCUCCUCUUCAAAACUUCAGGGAUGGGACAUUCCGUCUGUGUUCUGUUCAGAAUUCCUCAUAAAUUUUGACGAAAUUUUACACAGGCUGUCGACCUGACGCCACAUAAUUAGUCACCACUUACAACUCACAGAGUUGGAAGAUUUCUUAUUCCCUUCUUCAGCGAAAUAUCAAAAAUAUUUAUCUAUUAUUAAUAAAUGUUGAAUAGAAUAAAUACGGGUUUUCUGACAUUUUAUUGAAUUAUAUUUUAACUUAAAAAUUUCAGUAAAAAUCAUAAUUAAUUAAUUACUAAAUUUUUUCAU